AAAGCUUUUGGAGAGCCCAUAGGACUGUGAGAACUUUGCCUUCUGGAGGAAUUCCACACACCCUCUCCACCCUGUAAGGAAGAUUGCCAAUCCAGACCCAAGGAACAAAGUCCUAAAACAGGAGGAGGGGAGACUGGUUUCUGCAGAGGCUGGGCAGAGAAAGAAAGCCAGUGCCCCAACAGAAGCACCACCUGAAGCUGGUGCCAUGGAUGUUCUGGUCCGACUCCUGCAGCUGCUCAUGCUGCUCCUGACGCUGCCCCUGCACCUGAUGGCUCUCCUGGGCUUCUGGCAGCCCCUGUGCAAAAGCUACUUCCCCUACCUGAUGGCCGCACUGGCUGACAAAACCAACCGCAAGAUGGAGAACAAGAAACGGGAGCUCUUCAGUGAGAUAAAGGGGCUGAUGGGAACCUCAGGGAAGGUGGCCCUGCUGGAGCUGGGCUGUGGCACUGGUGCCAACUUCCAGUUCUAUCCUCCUGGCUGCAGGAUCACCUGCCUGGACCCAAAUCCCCACUUUGAGAAGUUCCUGAAAAGGAGCAUGGCUGAGAACAGGCACCUCCAAUAUGAGCGGUUUGUGGUGGCCCCUGGAGAGGACAUGAAACAAGUGGCUGAUGGCUCCAUGGACGUGGUGGUCUGCACUCUGGUGCUCUGCUCUGUGCAGAGCCCAAAGAGGGUCCUGCAGGAAGUCCACAGAGUGCUGAGGCCGGGAGGAGUGCUGUUCUUCUGGGAGCACGUGGCUUAUCCGCGAGGAAGCCAGGCCUUCAUGUGGCAGCAAGUUUUUGAGCCCACCUGGAAGCACAUUGGGGAUGGCUGCUACCUUACCAGAGAGACCUGGAAGGACCUGGAGAAUGCCCAGUUCUCUGAGAUCCAAAUGGAACGACAGCCCCCUCCCUUCAAAUGGUUACCUGUUGGGCCCCACAUCAUGGGGAAGGCUGUGAAAUAAACUU